AUGUGGAGAGUGUAUAGAAAAAUUAUUUGCAUUCUCAUCUGUGUGCUUGUUUUUCCAUUUAUUUUCCAAAAAAUAUAUUUGAACCUGGUCGAAAAACAACAUAACGUCGCAAGAAGUCAAUCUACAGCGGCAAUGUUUCUUGCAGUCUCUGGUUAUACUAAACGGACCAAUUCAAUUCAGUCAAGAGCAUCAAUAUUUCAUUGCAGUCCUCUUGGCUGGGAACAGUGGGACGGAUUUUGUAGUGGAAAUGUGUCUUUUGAAAAGGCUGUCUUGAAUACCCCGGAAGGACUUGUACCUAUUUUUAUACACAAUGUUUGGCAUGAUAGGUGGGUUUCGUAUUUUAUCAAAGAGAAAGGAGUAUGGGAAGCAGAGCUCGUGAAUCUGAUUCAUCAUUUUCUUUCUCUGGAUGAAGAUCUGAAUUUAAUUGACAUUGGCUCACAUAUUGGUGAAUUUUCAUUACUGGCAGCGAAAUUAGGACGUCAAGCUAUAGCUGUAGAUCCUUUGUAUGAAAAUGUCCAGAGACUGUGUAAAUCCAUUGAAGUCAAUAACUUUAGUCAUUUAGUUAAGGUCUUUUAUACAGCUUUAUCCGAUAGCAGAAGCAGAGUCUCAUUUAUACGUCAUUCUGGAAAUGUUGGCGGAACUUCUAUCAAGGGGAUGGAUAGUUUUGGGAUGAGUCUUAACACGACCAUUUCAAGUGAGGUCAAAGUUAUUUCUCCACCCUCGCUUACUCUAAAUGAUAAAAAUACAGCAACUACAGUUUUACUUGAUGAUCUUUUACCAUUCGUUGCAUUCAAGAAAGCUUUCAUAAAAAUGGACGUGGAGGGACACGAAAACUACGUGUUAAAUGGUGGAGAACAAUUCUUUAGCGCAAUAGAUGUAAGAUAUGUUUUGAUGGAAUGGACUGCUCACAACAAAGAUUCCAGGUCGGGAAGACAAAUUGUUGCGUUUUUGAGAAGACAUGGAUUUUCGCCUUCCAAGCCUACUAUAUUAAAGAAAACAUUCAAAGAAAAUGAAGGAAAUAACAAUAUAUUUUGGAUAAAAGAAUAA